AUGGAUAUAAAUCAAACGAAACAGGAACAUUUACUCGCAUUAAAAGUUAUGCGUCUGACAAAACCAACGCUAUUCACAAAUUUACCAGUCACCUGUGAGGACCGUGAUCUGCCCGGGAAUUUGUUUAGCCAGCUUAUGAGAGAUGACCCUUCGACCAUCAGGGGAGCGGAGACCUUGAUGUUGGGAGAGAUGCUCACGUUACCGCAAAACUUUGGCAACAUCUUCUUGGGGGAGACUUUUUCCAGUUAUAUAAGCGUGCACAAUGACAGCAAUCAAGUAGUAAAGGAUAUACUCGUCAAGGCAGAUCUACAGACCAGUUCACAAAGGCUGAACCUCUCGGCGUCCAACUCUGCGGUGUCCGAACUAAAACCUGAAUGUUGUAUCGACGACGUCAUUCAUCACGAAGUAAAGGAAAUCGGAACACACAUUCUCGUCUGCGCCGUCAGCUACACCACACAGUACGGGGAGAAGCUUUAUUUUCGAAAGUUUUUCAAAUUUCAGGUUUUGAAGCCACUUGAUGUUAAAACAAAAUUCUACAAUGCAGAGAGUGACCUCAGUUCUGUGACUGACGAGGUUUUUCUAGAGGCCCAGAUCCAGAACAUCACCACGUCCCCAAUGUUCAUGGAAAAAGUGUCUCUGGAGCCGUCCAUCAUGUACAACGUCACGGAACUCAACACCGUCGUGAACGAAGACGACAGCGAGUCCACGUUUGGAAAGAUGUCCUACCUGCAGCCUAUGGACACACGGCAGUAUCUGUAUUGUCUGAAGCCAAAGUCUGAGUACGCAGAGAAGGCGGGAGUGAUAAAGGGGGUGACUGUCAUCGGAAAACUCGACAUUGUUUGGAAGACUAAUCUCGGAGAGAGAGGGAGGCUCCAGACCAGUCAGCUACAGAGAAUGGCCCCCGGCUACGGAGAUAUAAGAUUGUCGAUGGAGAUGAUUCCUGACACUGUAAAUCUCGAGGAACCUUUUGACAUCAUUUGUAAAGUCACAAACUGCAGUGAAAGAACUAUGGAUUUGGUGCUAGAGAUGUGCAACACCAGAACGAUUCACUGGUGCGGUAUUUCAGGUCGACAGCUCGGGAAACUGAACCCAGGGGCCUCCCUCUCUCUGCCCCUCACUCUCCUCACGUCGGCACAGGGACUGCAGAGUGUUUCUGGGUUGAGACUCACGGAUACGUUUUUGAAGAGGACCUAUGAAUACGAUGAUAUUGCGCAAGUGUGUGUUGUCUGUCCGUAUUUAGUCAACGAGAGCUAG